ACUCACUAAAGCAACAACAAAAAAAAAAAAACUGACAUGGACCAAAAAAACUUUUUCCGGUUGAUUUUUCUCAUAGUCACAGCUGGUUUCAUCAUCUCUUUCACUUCCACUAACUUCCCUCACGCGCCGACGAGGCUUCUUAAUUGCACCGACUCUUCUUCUUCACCUCUUUGCGCUUCUAGAAACUUUCUGUUGAACAAACAACAACCAAGACCCAACAAUCCUAAACCAAAGACCAAAAACCAUGAUCACGUCUCCGAUACACCAAACCAUCCUCUAGACCCACUCACGGUGGUGGAGAUUAACAAAGUCCGAUCAAUACUCUCCUCUCACGCGCUAUUCACCUCCGGUACACCACACGCGCUCCACACCGUCGUUCUUGAAGAGCCUGACAAGAAUCUUGUACGUCACUGGGAAAAAGGUAACCCACUUCCUCCGAGGAAAGCUUCAGUCAUCGCACGUGUUGGCCCCGACACGCACGUGCUCACCGUUGAUAUCUCUACUGGUCGGGUAGAUUCAGAGAAUAGCCCGGUUAGGGUUUCGGGUUACCCGAUGAUGACUAUCGAGGAGAUGAACGCUAUGACUGUUGCACCGUUCGCAAACGCAGAUUUCAACCGUACGAUCAUCUCUCGUGGAAUUAAUCUAACGGACGUGAUUUGUUUCCCAAUCUCUUGUGGUUGGUUUGGUAAUAAAGAAGAAAACGCGAGGGUUAUUAAAAGUCAGUGUUUCUUAACACAAGGAACACCAAACUUCUACAUGCGUCCUAUCGAAGGUUUAACCAUCCUUGUCGAUUUAGAUACAAAACAAGUGAUCGAGAUAUCCGAUACGGGUCGGGCUAUACCCAUACCCGGUUCAACAAAUACUGAUUACCGCUUCGGAAAGCUAGCAACCACCGACAAAACCCGACUUCUAAACCCCAUAUCCAUCGAGCAGCCACGUGGUCCAAGCUUCGUAAUCGAAGACAACCAUCUAGUGAAAUGGGCAAAUUGGGAAUUUCAUCUAAAACCUGACCCGAGAGCAGGUGUGGUUAUAUCACGGGUCAGAGUACACGACCCGGAUACUCAAGAGACACGUGACGUGAUGUACAAAGGGUUUGUGUCGGAGCUUUUUGUUCCGUACAUGGAUCCAUCGGACGCGUGGUACUUCAAGACUUACAUGGACGCAGGCGAGUACGGUUUUGGGUUACAAGCAAUGCCACUUGUACCACUUAAUGAUUGUCCACGAAACGCAGCGUAUAUGGACGGAGUUUUCGCGGCGGCCGAUGGAACACCGUUCGUGAGAGAAAACAUGGUUUGUAUCUUUGAGAGUUACGCCGGAGAUAUUGGGUGGCGUCACUCCGAAAGUCCCAUCACCGGUAUACCGAUAAGGGAAGUGAGACCAAAAGUGACGCUAGUGGUACGAAUGGCAGCUUCGGUAGGUAACUAUGAUUACAUCAUUGAUUACGAGUUCCAAACUGAUGGGCUUAUAAAAGCUAAGGUUGGGCUUAGUGGAAUACUAAUGGUGAAAGGGACAACAUAUCAAAACAAGAACCAAGUGGAGAAAGACAGAGAAGGUAAUGAAGAAGAGCUUCACGGCACGCUUCUGUCUGAAAAUGUAAUCGGAGUAAUUCACGAUCACUACGUCACUUUUUACCUUGAUCUCGACGUCGAUGGCCCGGACAAUUCAUUUGUUAAAGUGAACCUCAAGAGGCAAGAGACCGAGCCAGGUGAGUCGCCAAGGAAAAGUUACCUGAAAGCUGUUAGGAACAUUGCGAAAACCGAAAAAGAUGGUCAGAUCAAGCUAAGCUUGUAUGAUCCAUCGGAAUUCCACGUCAUCAACUCUGGUAAAACCACUCGGGUUGGGAACCCAACGGGUUAUAAGGUCGUUCCUAGAACUACGGCAGCUAGUCUACUUGACCAUGAUGAUCCACCGCAGAAGAGAGGAGCUUUUACUAAUAACCAAAUUUGGGUUACUCCAUACAAUAAGUCCGAGCAAUGGGCUGGUGGUUUGUUCACUUACCAAAGCCAUGGUGAUGAUACUCUUGCAGUUUGGUCAGAAAGGGAUAGAGACAUAGAGAACAAGGACAUAGUUGUGUGGUACACACUUGGCUUCCAUCACAUUCCAUGUCAAGAAGAUUUUCCGAUAAUGCCCACGGUUUCUUCGAGUUUCGAUUUGAAGCCCGUUAAUUUUUUCGAGCGCAAUCCAAUCCUUAGGGCCGCUCCAAACUUUGAACAUGACCUCCCAGUUUGUGGAGUUCAAUCUGUUUCUGCUUGAGAAGAGUGGAGUACGAAAUAAAGAAAUAGCCACUUUUGGAUCUUCCAUAAUUUGUGAUACUCUUAAGGUACACAAUGUAGUUUGUGGCCUUAAAACGGGUACUUAGAUGUAUAAAUGUAAAUGCUUUUGUAUAUGUGUAUAAACGCGAGUCCAUACAUGUGGAUUAUGUAUGAGUAUAACUCUUUUCGAAAAUAAGAACUUAUAUCUUAU